CUGCACCUGAACUGCAAUUUGCAGUUGAACUGCAGUCCGUCUGUCUAGACCCUAAGUUUUAUUUUACUUCAUACCGGUGAAAUGAAAAGGCAAGUAUUUUAUAGGACUUAUCAAUGGAAUAGAAAUUUCGUAGUACCUACACGGUCUACAAAACAACCGUAAUCGAAAGUACCUACCACUGAAACUAGACGAUGUGUCUACGUCUACCUUUGAUUAUAUUUGUAAAUAGUCGAAGGUGUCUACAUAGUUCUUCAAUUUAACAUAAUAAGUAACUGUAUCUAUACAUUCAUUGUAACCAUAUGUUGCCUCAUGCGAAGUACAAGAGCACCACCGCAGCGCACCGUGGAGUUCGAUUGGCGAUUGCAAACAUUUAAAAAUAGUGUCAAUAAAAUGUCAGGCGGCCAACGUUCGUCCCGACAGCUGAUUGAGUUCCAUUUUCGAAGGACGCAAACAAAAGAUGGCACCCAAACACUAAGCACCAAAUUAUUAUGACGUUUGUAACAAAACCAUAAACAUAGACUAGAAUAUUAUAAAUAAAUAAUCGAAACGUGCCCCAGUCAGCGAUUUGUGAUGUGCGCGCCAACAAACUGUGCAUCGAAAUUCGUGAGUGUUUAGUGUGGGCCGUGGGCAGUGAGAAUGAAGGCCAGUAAUGCGUGUCGGGGUGAGCUGAGCUGCAUCGGCAACUACUCGCUGACGGGCCGGCGGCUGGGCCGUGGCCACUUCGCCCGCGUGGAGGAAGCCACACACAGGCUCCUUGCUAAAAAGGUGGCGAUCAAGAUCAUCGACGUGAGCUGCAUCGAGGAGGAGUACGCGCGGAGACACCUGCACCGGGAGCCGCGGGUCAUGGCGCGCCUGCGGCACCCCUGCAUCGCCGCGCUCUACGAGACCCUGACGCGGGGGCCGCGGCUGUUCGUGGUGAUGGAGGCGGCGGGCGGCGGCGAGCUGAGCGCGCUGGUGCUGCGCGCGCCGGGCCGCGGGCUGCGGGAGCCCCGCGCGCGCGCGCUGGCGGCGCAGCUCGUGUCCGCCGUGCGACACAUGCACGCGCAAGGAGUCGUGCACCGGGAUUUAAAAAUGGAGAACAUAAUGCUGGACACAUCUAAACAGUACAUCAAGAUUGUAGACUUCGGUCUGUCGGCGGUGUGGAGCGGCGGCGGGCUGGCGACCCACUGCGGCUCGCUGGAAUACGCCGCGCCGGAGCUGUUCCAAGAUGGCCGCCGCUACGGGCCCGAGGUGGACCUGUGGAGCAUUGGCGUGAUAGUGUACGGCAUGGUGACGGGCCGGCUGCCGUUCAGCGGCGGCGGCGGCGGGGGCCGGGACGGGGGGUCGCGCCCGCGCCUGCGCGCCGCCAUCGCGCAGGGGUUCGGGCGCGCGCACCGCGCCGCUCUCGCGCACGUCUCGGACGCGUGCCAGUCGCUGGUGGAGGGGCUGCUGCAGCCGCGGGUGGAGCUGCGGCUGGGCGCGGGCGCGGCGGGGCGGCACGCGUGGCUGCGGCGGCCCGGGCUGGUGCUCCGCGCGCACCCGCUGCCGCCGCUGCCGCCGCCCGCGCAGGACGAGAUCUACAAACAGAUAUCGGAGUUGGUGGGGAGCAGCGCGGCGGAGGUGGCGGCGGCGUGGCGCGCGGACCCGUACGGGCCCACGGGCGGGAUGGUGAACCUGGCAGCCCGCGCCCGCCAGCUGGCCGUCGCGCCCGAGCUGUGGGCGCCCACGCUGCACGAGCCGCGCCCGCCCUCGCCGCCCGCCUACCAGCCCCGCCCCCCGGCCAAUGGCAGCGCGCGACCGCUCAAGUCGACUCCGCCGAGGACUGCAGUCUUGCAGUCUCUGACUACGAAGCCGAUGACGUCACUGGGCGACCGCGGGGCCGGGGAGGGGGCGGGGCGCCGCGCGGGGGGCCUCGCCUCCACCGCCGUGCCCACUCGAGGAGCACUGCAAGCGAGCGUCAUCGCGGCGGCAGCGCGGGCGCAGACCGGGCUUCCCAUCAGGCGAACGUCAGUGGGAAACAUUGCAAGUCCCCACUCGUCCACGAACAGCCACUGCAGGAGUGAAAAGGCCAUGCCAGUGGGUUGGUAUUCGACCAGAGGCGGCUCGACUAGGGAUCCGCCGCUGCUGCAGAGGAUCCGAAGAACGGCGCCCAUGAAGUAGACCACGAUCCAGGCCUCCCCAGACGUUGGCCACUACCCAAGGAGGCUCCCACACUGGGCAGAUGUUUAUCUACUUAGACAUAGAAUCGAAUUUUUGAUUGCAAGCUUCUCGAGCGAUCAAGGACCUACAAUAAGCCAGUAAGGAAGUCAUAACUUAUGUUAUAUUUCCUGACGAAUGCUGAUCAACUUUUUUUUGACGCAGAAAGUCAAUGCCAGAAUUCUCUAGAGUGGCUUGCACCUACCUUUAAAACGGGAUAUAUUGCUCACCAACGUCCGGUUAACCGUGGAAGCGCUUGUCAAGUCACAUGUUUGUUCCACAAUGUCGAUUAUACACGGCAAGCAUUGGAUUCGUAUAUGUCUUACUGCCAGUUUUAAAAACUCUAUCUAUUUUGACAGAAUGCUACUAUUUAUGUGUCAAAGUCGUAUGAUAGUAACUGCCAGCUAUCGAUAGAUAGAGUAUUGAAACUGGCAGUUAAUAUACUUAGCUACAUUUGCUAUAGUGACUAGAAUGGACCACCCUGUACUACGACGGUAAUAAAUUACUAACUAAUGCGUGUUCCACCAAUCACAGAGCUGUAUUUACGCCGAAUCGGGAUCAGUGACGUUUAUCUACGUCGAUAAUAGAUGCGUGCAGCGGGGACAGCUUUGCUCUAUUGCAUAUUGUCUUGUAUAUCGAUGUAUU